AUGCCUUUAGUGCAGCCAAAGAAGUCACCACGAGCGCGCUCCCAACCGCUGCCGCCGCUGUGCCCACGCCCCUCUGGCCUGGGAACCCAGCCAGUCUUCAACCUGUCCUCUCUGGACCACAGCGGCCUUUCUCCCGUGUCAGUGAUACAGCUGCCCCGCCUCAUCGCUCAGGUGGGGCCCCGGAGAGCGCUCCACGACUCCAAAUGGACCCAAAGACCUCAGCUGGUAGCGUCCGCAUUGGGCACAGAGCUCCCCGUCACACAGCGCAGUGGUCUAGAGCCAGAGCAGACGGAGCAGCCUCGCGAGAGCCAGACUUGUAGAGGCCCGGUGGGCUGCAGAAAUCCCAACAUCUCUGGUGGUCCAGUGAAUGCGGUGGAGGUCCUGCACCUGCUCAGCACUGCAGGAGCACACCACAGGGGCCCCCAAGUCUUCUACCUGCGAGAGGAGCCAGGGCCUGUCCGCAGACCAUAUGACCUCCGUUUGGUGGCGCCCUCUAAGGCCGGGUUGGAGCACUAUAUCUUCUGCCACGGCGGUGUGCUCCAUGUGACUGUGAGUGGAUACGGAGGGAUGACCAGCCUGGCGCAGUGGUACAGGGAGGCUGUCUACUGGAAUGCCCUGCACAAGAUGCCAUUUUUCAGGCUCUUCAAACUCAGGAAGGCCUUUUGCUGGUGGAGACAUCAUGUCCGCCACUGCCUCUUCCUCCAGAGCUGUGAGCACCUGCAGAGUCUCCUGCUCACAGACAGCGCCCUCUACAGAUCGGCUCUGCUUGGGUUGGCCAGAGAUGCCUUUGCCAGUUAUUUCGACAUUGUCGAUGAUUUGACCAACGGUCAUCACAUGUCCGAUUGGCAUGCGCAGCUCCACAGUGCUAAAGGUGUCCACAAAAGCAUUGUAGUAGUACUCCAUGUUGUCAUAGACAACUUGGAUGGUGGUGCAAAGAACAGUAGCAAUGCUGGUGGUCAGAUCCUUCAGAACAACAGGCAGGGUGGUCAUCUCCUCAGAGCCAGGAAGACGGAACUGGGUCUCCCUGAGCACUUUGAUGGCAGCAUCCAGGAAAGCUUGGACAUUUUUCUGGAACUCAACAAUGAAGUUGCGGAAAAAGAUGAAGAGCUGGCUGAGCUGGACGUCGUAGUUAAUGUCAGCAUUGUGCAGACUGAGAGCCAUAGGUUGCUCUGUCAGCUGCAGCAUCACUUAAAACUGUCCCAGGAGGCAAAACACUUCUGUGGGCCCAUGCACCUGCACCGGAGGCACCAACAGGAGCUGAGGAGGGAGCUGCGCAGAGCUGAACACCUCCUGAGCAAAUGGGACUCUUUUGUGCGGCUAGUGGACUACAUGACUGUGGAGACAGUGAUCACAGCCAUCCAACAAGAUGUUGCACGCUUCAGCUACAAUGUCCUGCAGCUCUCCUCCUCUCCGCUCAGCUACAUGGCCUUGGCCAGCAGGAUUUCCCUCAUCUCCGCUGUGGCAGCUUGGACGCUGAAGCUGGAGCUUUUUGUCAGUGCCACUGACCUGCCUGAAGCAGAGCCAGGAGUGAGGCUUUUAGAAGCAGCACUGGAGUUUUUCAGGGCCUCGCCACAGCAGGGACACAGUCUGAAUGGGAGUGUUCUGGCUCUUGGCUGCUCCUCUUCACUCUCUGCUCCAUCAGAGGGUUCCUGCUGCACAGAGCCUCUACAUGAGAUAUAUCUGCCCAGUGUCUCUCUGAGCUUCUUGCACAUCCUUCUGGGCUCUGCUUUCUCCUCUGUGCUCCGCUCCAUGGCUUCAGGGGCAGUGACUCAGUCCCUCACGUUUGAAACAGAGCUGAUCCUGAGUUCUCAAAGACAGCUCAGUGUGGACCCAGGACUGCACCAGUUCCAUGCUCUUCUGAGAGAUCUGAUGACUGCCAAAGACUUCCUUAUUCAGGCCUGCGACAUGUGUGAUGUCUUUGAUGGAACUUCAUCUCAGAACCUGGUUUCCAGCUGUGCCUCAGACCUGGAUUUCAUCAAACACUCCACCACUUAUAACCCAGAAAGUACGCGUGGCACUGAUCAAGAGUUUUGGUGCUGUCAGUGUGCCCAGAACCAACAGAGCCUGUUUCAGCAGCAGAACUCUGGUUUGGAGCAGCAAUCUUGGGCCCCUGGACAGUCUGGGGCCCAUGGACAGCCUGGAACCCCUGGACAGUUAGGAGCCCAAACAAAUGUCCUUGAUUUGAAUAGAGAGCUGCUUGAGUGGAGCUUCAGCAUGUAUGACUUGUCUGAGCCUAUGGGAGCAGCAGAGCACCUCAUUCAGGAGGAGCUGGACUUGGAUUGGCUGUACCACAGAUUCUCCUGGCUACUGGAGGUGUAUGAGUUUGCGGAGUCCUGGAGCCCAGAGCUGAGUGGGUCUCCCAGGGGCCCGUCUGUAAAGGGUGGAGACAUAAACAACCAGUCUGCAGAAGAUGGAGAUAUAAAAGUCCAGUCUCUGCAGGUUUAUAAGGAGCAGAUAGUCAGAGUACAUGGCUGGCUCAGCACGCUCCGCUCUGUUCCUCCAUCUGUGAAAAGCACCAAGCAGCUGUUUGUCAUCAGCUGCACUGGAAUCACACACAAGCUAGAAGAACAGCUGAAGGCCAUAGAUGGAGACCUUUUGGCGUGCCUGGUGGGAGAAGUGAGUGUGUCGUCCCAGAGGCUGAUCUCAGAGCUGGAGUGGCCUGCGUCAGACCUGCUCCUCACAAACCAGGACUUUAAACAGUACGCUGUCAAGCCUCCGACCCAGUUCACUUCGACCGGUAUGGAAGCCUCUGACCCCGCUAGCCAUGACCAGCUCGAAGAUGAUGGCAUACGACUCCGCUCUCAGCUGUCUGCUCCGUCAACCUUCAUUUGCAUUCCCAUGUCUGUAAAGCAGUGGUUCUCCCUAUGGCCUGGUCUGAAGCAGAGACUGGACUCCACUCACUUCCUCCAGUACCUCAUCAUGAGCCACUACAGAGAGCUGAGUGCAGAGGAAAAACAGCAGAGUUCACAGAUAGACCGCCUGUGGGACCACUUCCUGGAGUUGCUUCAGGGGGCGGAGAACGCGGUGUGCCAGGGCCUUCCUGUCCACAGACAAACUCUAGACCUCCUCUUUUCCUUCUCCUUCUGUGACCUCACUCAAACUGUCUCCCAGCUCUCCCACGCAGCCUACCAGGACCCUGGCCAGGACGCUGUGGAGAUGUCCUCCAGGCUCCGUGUGUUGUGGACACAUCUGCACAUACGACAGGCCAGACUGGAGCAGCUCAGCUCAGACUAUAACCUGCUACAAGAGAUACCUCAAGACCUGGACAGACUGACAAGAGUCAUACAGAAGGUUAAAGCCAGGAAGGAGCUAUGGGAGGUCCUGGCUGCUUCUGCAAAGUGGCUGGAAAUAUGGAAACCUGUGUUGUUUACUGAGAUGGAUGUGGUCCAAGCCAAACAUGAACUGGAGGAGUGGAACUGGAGAGUCCAUUCCAUCAGCAGCCACAUACCUCUGGAUGAUGCAGUUCUACACAGAGCCCUGAGUGAGCUGCAACAACAGCGCCACCAGCUGGAGGUCCUGAGCCAAAUGAAGGAGCCCUGCCUCAAACACAAGCACUGGAGGGCCAUUCUCAGAGGUGUUGGUCUGGCUCAUGUUAAAGUGCAUGAUCUGACUGUUGAGCAGCUGCUGUCCCGAAGACUAGAGCAACGUCAGCCUGUCCUGGAGAAGAUUUUCUGGGAUGCCAAAGCUGAGCACAACAUCGGGUGUGAUUUCCUAAAGCUGCAAAAGCAAUGGGCCGAGAAAGUCCUGACACUAGCACCUUUCCCUGUCAUCUCUGCAGAACCACAGGGGAAGGGAGGGUCCUGCAAGAAGCACACCUGGACACUCACAGAUAUUGAAGUCCACCUUGCACAGAUUCACUUUGAUUUGGCCAUUUUAACCAACAUGUUUAAGUCACCGUACAGUGAUGACUUCAGAGCAGAGUUGGAUGAGUGGCUACAGUUACUUCAUGAACUUGAAAAUCUCCUUCAUCUUCUUAAACGGUUCCAGCAAAUGUGGACAUUUUUGACCAAGUUGCUAAGCAGUUCAUCUAUACCCCUCUUACACACUGACUUGUUGACGCUGUUCAAACCAGUGGAUUCUAAAUUUCGGAAAGUGAUGAACCAUAUAUCUAGGGACCCUCAUGUUGUGCAUCUCGCCUCAAACCACCCAACCCAACGCCUCCUUGGUGAUGACCUUUUCAAGUUUCUCACUUCAGGGCUGUCUACAUUGGACACCAUUACCACCCAGACCAUGGAGCUGUUGGAUUCCCACCGGAGCCAGUGUUCCCGUCUGAGGUUUUUAAGUGACCGGGAAAUCGUGCUGGUAUUUUCCACACCUCCUAGCUCCUCCAUGCUCCCGAUUAUCUGCAAGCUCUUUAGAGGGGUAUACAAGCUUGAACUUACAGGCGAUGAUGUUAGCUUCGAUAGCCAAGCCACACUGGGAGUUCUAGGUCAUCUCCAGGAACGCCUUACAUUUGUAUCUCCGGUAGAACCUAGUCUCAACCCUGCGGAAUGGCUAUCUGACUUUGAAAAGCAGCUUAACUUGACCAUGGCAGAACACAUGAGAAAGUGUUCAAUUAUUAAGGAGCAGCUUGGACCUCCUAAGCAAGUUAUAUCUGAUGAUGACGGAAGACUGGUACAAACAAAGUUGUCAAAUGAUAUAGCCAAACAGAUUAAAAACACGUUAGGGUUGCUAGCGACACAUCCCAGUCAGUGCCUGGAGGUGACAGAAGAGGCUGUGUGGUGCAGUGUCAUGGAGGACGCUUUCCCAAAUGCCAUCAAAGUCAACAAACUCAAGUUCUACCUGAGAAGCAGAGUGGCAGAGCUGGGCCGUGUUAUACGGGAUAGAGCGAUGCUACAGAAAGUUAGAGGUGUGACAUCAGCUUGUGCACGCCACUUCCUCCGGGUAUUGGUCCAGAUGGCAAUGAACCAUUCUGAGAAGUUAAGCCAGCUCCACAGCAUACAGGGGCUGCUUCAUUCCUCCUUCCACUGGCUGAGCUUGUUCAAGUAUCACCUAAAUGCCCAAAGCAGCCAAGAACCUCUGUGUUUCGUUGAAGUCUUGAACCAUCGACUACAUUACGGUCACGAGUAUGUUGGGUCAGCAGACUGGAUUAUUCCACAUACUCCUUCCACAGAACGUGCUAAAUUGGGCAUUCUUUUAGCGCUAUCAAAUUUCAGGUGUGGCAUUGUCAAUGGUGCUUGCAAGAUGUCAAAGACAAAUCUCAUUGUCCAGCUAGCAAUGGCUUUAGGAAGGAUGGUUUUCAUCUUAAAGUGUUAUCCAAGCGUUAGGCGCAUCACAGUGGAGAAUUUGUUGCUAGGUUCCCUUCAGACUGGGGCCUGGCUUGUGCUGGACUGUGCAGACUUACUCUCGACAAAGGUUUCUACAAUAUUAGGGCAAGUUUUGAUUGAAAUUCAUGAGUCUUUCUUCAAAAUGACAAAUGAGAGCAAAUUUCCUUUUAAUCCUAUAUGUAAUAUUACUGUAUCUGACAAACAAGUCCCUGCUUCGUACAACUAUGGCUGUAUUAUGGUUUCAUCUACAGCACAAACACGUAUCUUUCCAGAAGAUCUCCAAGCUGCUUCUAGACCAGUUGCGUUAACCCAACCAGAUUACAAGUUCAUUGCUGAAAUCAUACUCGCAUCCAUGGGUUUUGUAGAUGCCAAGUACCUGAGCCAGCGUCUGGUCUCACUCAUCAGUUUUGCGAAGGAUUGCUCAUGUCUGCCUGGCUGUAAAACCCCAAAUGAUAGCUGCUUUUUCCUCAUCUUACAAAAUAUAAUUACCUCAUCCAAACCAUACUUGGAACAGUCUAUGAAGCAGAGAAACUUAACAGAACAGAAUGGGGCUGUGUUCACGGUUGCGCAGAGUUUAAUUGAAGAAGCUGCAAUCUGCAAAUCGAUACUUUCGGUUCUUCUUCCUUGGGCUCACGAGCUUAACAAAGCCAGAGAUUUCCAACAACUUAUCAAAGAUACGUUCCCGGUAGUUUGCCAGUUUCCAUCACUAGAACAUUAUCUUGAAGACCAUGAAAAAUCCGAAGUAAAAAACGCAAUUUUGAAAGUAUUGGAAACUAAUCAUUUACAGCCUGAUGUGGAAAUACUUAACAAUGCUCUUACAGUUUACCAACAUCUUAAAUCUGGGGAAGCAGUAAUACUCAGUGGUCCCAGUGGCAGUGGAAAGACAAGCUGCUACUCGGUUUUGGCUGGAGCUCUCAAUUUGAUGGCCACCAAAUCAGGCAAACAAGGCGUAGCAUCGAGAAGUUUUGUGAAGCCUAUAGUCUUGUUUCCAAAUUCAAUGUCUUGGGAAGAACUGCUCGGCCAUGACUGUGACCACAAAGGCUGGCAAGAUGGUGCGCUCACAACUUUCUUGAGAAACUGUGGUGAUGGUGUAGUGAACUGGCUUGUGCUGGAUGGAGAGGAACUGAGGAACCGAGCAGAGGAACCAAGCUGGGUGGACAUUAUAGCCACACUGUACCGCUCUCCUGGUGCAUUCAUGUGCUUGGCUUCAGGAGAGUACAUCAUACCUCCUCGAGAACAUCUGCGGGUCCUCCUAGAAGUGAGCGACCUAAGCACUGCCAGUCCUUCAGCCUUGACAGCGUGCAGCCUGGUCAACUUCACAGGCAUUGAGCUGUGGAAGGCGGUGUGGAAGAGUCAGAUGGACAGGUUCUACCAAAAAUAUUACUUGAACAACUUUGUGGUGGAUAUGUGGGAGAAGCUGGCUGAAGAUCUGUUCCCUGCUACGCUGCAAUUACUUGGUCAAAACUGUUUGUCACCUUCCAAGCACACAGAGUCAGGAUCUUCUAGGAGGCCUCCAGAAGGACUUCAAGAAAUCACGUCCUUUUUCCGCAUCUUAAAUGCCCUCAUCCAGCACUUUGAAGUAUGCCUAAAUGUCCACAAUCCUGAAGAGGCGGAUGGCAGAGGCAUUCCUCCACUUGGGUCCUACACAACUUGGACCAGUGUAGAAAAUAAUGUAACCAUGCUUGCGAGGAACUGUUUUUUGAUGGGCUACAUUUGGGGCUUUGGUGGACAUCUUGAUCCCAGAUUGUGGCUCCAUUUCCAGCGCAUUGUUCGCGAAGUUCUGGUAAAAAGUCGGUACCGGAUCCAGGUUCCUGAAGGAGAAAGUGUUUUUGAAUACUUUGCCACCUCUGACAGAAGUGUAUGUCUGCAGACCACAUUGCUAACCAGUCACAUCUCCCCCAAGUAUGGGGUUUAUACACACCUUCUGAACAUCAUGUUGGAGGCCAGGCAGCCGGUCCUUCUGGUAGGGGAGCCUGGCUCAGGAAAGACCACUGUGUGCAGGAGUUUGCACAGCUUCAAAAGGCCGUGUGUGGGCCUGAGUGGCAGGGGUGUCCUGGGUUCAGACCUGAUCACUGUGUUUCAGAGCACUACACCAUCCUCCACCCUGCUCCUGUUUGUGGACGAUCUACACCAGGCGGUCACUGAUACAGCCAGUACAACAUCUCCAGCUUUGGAAGUUCUGAGGCAGAGCAUGUCGACAGGGGGCGUGGUCCUGUUCCGUGACUCCGCCAUCCAGCCUGUGACCACCAAAAACAUCUCGUACCUGUGCUCCAGCUGUGCACCCCCUCACGGUUCCCCGCUCUUCCCCCGCCUCACCCAUCUCUUCUGCACUUUCACACUGCCCGCCCUAUCUGCCAACGUCAUACUAUCUCUGCACUCCCCUGGUCUGCAGCUAUGGAUGCAACCUCUACUCCCAAACCCUUCAGAAGUAGCAUCUUGUAUAGUGUUGGCUACCCACGAUCUGUAUUUAGAAUUGCAGGACCAUUUCGGGCAGUACCUCUUCUCCAUUCAUGAUUUACAGAAAGUGUUCCAAGGAAUGACUCUUUGGCAAACUAAUAAUCUCAAUAGACCUACAGCUAUGACUGAGCCAAACUCAAUCCUGCUGAACAUUGUGAAACUGUGGCUACACGAAUGCAAGCACACGUUUAUGGAUAGAUUAUGUGAACACAGACAAAGUUCAAAUCUGGAGAAAAUUAUGGUCGAUAUCACCAGAGCUCAUUUUGGGAGCAUGUUGGAACAAGCAGAAGUGUUGAAAAAUACGGAAAAUUCUCUUGGAAAAGAUCAAACUAUGGACAGUGUAAAAGGUCUCAUUUUGGAGUAUAUUAGGAAUUCAGAUGUUGUUUAUUGUCCAGAUCUGCUUGCGUUGCUAAAAUCAGAGCCAAAUAGAAGCAACUCAAGGCAGAUCACUUAUAAGGAGUAUACGGUUGAUAUUCUUACUGAGGUCCUCCAAAAUUUCCUUGACGAAAAGACUUCCAAAGUUCAUGAUGACAUUCCCUAUGACUUUCUCCGCACAUAUGUUUUGCACCCUCAAAGGGCGCGUCAGCUGGCACACAUCUUCCGUGCCCUGCUUAUACCUGGAGCUCAUGCGGUCCUCCUGGCCUCCGACAGGGGCACUGGCCGUCGAUCCACCGCCCGCUGUGCCGCGCUGCUGUCUGGGUCAGAUCUGCUGGAGGUCUAUCCGGCCAAUGAGGAGGAGCUGUCAGCAGUGCUGAAGGAGGUGGGAGACAGGAGCCGGGUGAACGGGGCGAGAGUGGUGGUUCUGGUGCAUGAGGAUGUGACCACGGCCGUGAGAGAGCACCUUCUGCUGGCCUUGGUGCAGGGCUGUCUGGGCUUGCACACACAGGAGCAGAUAAUGCAGCACGUUGCCGCAGUGACAUCCAACGGCCUGUCACAGCGCUACCAUUUGGACCAGUGGAUGUUGGACAAGUUCUUGGGCCAAACCUACAAGAACGUCCACGUGGUCAUGCUGCUGCCACACAGCUGUACAGGCCACGCCCCCUCCAGACUGUGCAGUAGCCAGAUGAAGAGAGCAGUGAGGCACAGCUGCUGUGUGGAGUUCUAUCAGCCAUGGUCCUACCAAUCUCUGCUGUUCACUGCAGACCGCUGCCUCCAGACCAGUGCAUACACAGGAGACUCAGUGAGCAGUGUAGCAGAGGCCAUGGCCCGGCUCUACCUGUGCGCCCGUUACUACACCACCUCUCUGCUCAGUUACCAGCCCUUCAGCCCAGCCACCUACCUGGAGUGUGUAGGCCACUUCUGUGAGCUGUUUGCCCUGCUACAGAGGAGAGCCCUACAACAUGCCCACCGCCUGGAGAAGAUGACCAGCGUGGCCCUGGAGAGACUGCACACACAGAGGGAGAAAGUUCAAGCCAUAGAAAAGGAGGAGGAGGCGGUUCUCAGGGCCCUCACAGAGCAGGAACAGAGGCUGCAGGACGCCCAGCGCAGCAUAGACCUAGAGGAGGUCCAGCUCGCACAGCUGGAGAAGGACAUCCAGAACACCCAACUUAAGGUGCAAGAGGCUCUGGAGUCUGGUGUGAGAAAGGUGACCAGCCUGGACCUGUGUGUGCUGGAGGAGGUGCGGGGGUACAGAGAUCCUCCUCAGCCUGUGGUCAUGGUGCUGGAUGCUGUGUCCCUGCUGUUCCACCACCCCCCAGGCUGGGACAGUGCUAAACACCUGCUCAGCCAGGAAGACUUCUUUCAGGAGCUGGAGUACUUUGACCAUUGCAGUGUGUCCACACAGCAGCUGCAGAGGUUGGGCACACUGGUGCACAGCCCUGCGUUUGACCCAGAGCUGGUGCGAGAGGCCUCUCAGGCCUGUGAGUCCCUGUGCCACUGGGUGCUGGCAGUGUAUCAGUGCUGCAGGCUACAUAAGCAUGUCGAGAAAAGCCGAUGCCUAGAGAGGGAGGCCACAGCUGCCCAAGAGCGCCUCCAUGUGGCCCGGAGACACAAGGAGGACAUAUGCCACCAGCAGAAAACACUGAAAGUGCAACUCCACAAUGUACAAGAGCGACUCUUCAGCCAAACAUCUGAGCUCCAACAGGCUGAGUAUCUGCACAGAAAGGCCACGUAUACUGUGGACAAGCUAGGGACAUAUGUGACUGUAUGGAAGGAGGACACGCAGCAGGCAGCUGUGACCCUUGCGGCCCUGCCUGGGGAUGCCCUCCUCACUGCAGCUGUCCUCUCAUACCUGGGCCCAUUCGGACCAGACACGCGAUGUGAGCUGGUGACAAAGUGGAGAGCACUGUUUGAGACGGGCAGGAUGUGUCCUGUAUCAGAGGACCCAAGGGGGCCCAUGUGUCCUCUGAGUGUCAGUGAUCCGUGUGGCUCCUCCUCUCCUCUUCUGUUUGUUUCGCCGCUCCCACAGUUGCCCCUGGCUCGGGUGCUGGGAGUGAGUGAGAGACAGCUCCAGGGGGAAGCCCUCUCCAGCCUCCUGCUCCCUCUGGUGUUCAGUACCUGCACCCACAACUGUCUGCAGCUCUGCCCUCUGCUGGUCGAUCCCCACCUCCGCUUAGACACCAGCUUGUCCCACAGCUGUUUCAGAGGAGACGACAUGAAGACCAUAAAGAACUUUGAGGUAGAGCUUUGUGCUGAUGACCAACACUUACUGGAGAAGGUGGAGCAGGCCAUGGUGACAGGGGCCCGAGUCUUGGUGAGGGCCACAGAGCGGGCACCGACCUGUCCACGGCUCCUCUCUUUACUGUCCCAGCAGCAGUUUGUCCCAUCAGGAGAGAUGCGUCACCCCAGCUUCAGUCUGGCCUUCUCCACUGCUCUUCCUAUGCACAGGUUGACCACUGAGGUGCCUGGAUCUCUCCUGUGCAGGCUGCGUGUAGUGGACCUGACCCUCAGCACACAGGAGUUAGAGAGCUUCAUGCAGACCCAUCUUCUGCCUCCAGAGGGCAGCCUUCUCCUGGGCCAGCAGCAGCUAAAGCAGAGCUUGCACCACCUCACAGAGCGGCUGAGCUCCAGAGAGGCCUCUUUGAUGGACUUCAUAGUGGAGUGUGAGGGAGCCCUGCUGGAACACCCUGGUUUUGCAGAAGAAGUGUGUGUGUUCCAUGAGGAGACCCAGGAGCUGCAGAGGGAGCUGGAGCUGGUGAAGGGUGCUCUGAGCGGGUGCUCUGGGACGCUCAGGUCCUUUCAGCCGCUCUGUGCCCUCACUGCUGCCAUGUACAGAGCUCUCCAGCAGGUGGCAGUGCUGUCCCCAGCCUACUGUUUCAGUCUGGAGCAAUUUGUGAGUGUAGUAAAGAAGGCCCUCUCAGGGAGGCCUGAACAGGGGUCCCUCUGCCCUGUGCUGGGGGUAAGGGACCUCUCUCACCAGGUGGUCUCUCAGCUGCUGCUGCACUAUGGGCCCUGUUUGUCCAGGAGCCAUGUCCAAGUCCUCAGGGUCCUGUUGUGUAUGGCUCUGCUACAGCACAGACACCUCUGCUCCCAGGCCCAGAGCCAGGCUUUCCUCCGGGGACUACAGCCCAUUGAUCAUCAUUCGGCCAUUGGGAUUGAGACCUUUCAGGCACUGCCACAGUGGGUGUCUGCACAUGUGCUUCCACAGCUGUGGCAACUGGAGCAGGUCCCUGCAUUCAGGGGCCUCCUGUGGUCCCUCAGCUCUGCUCAGGAGCAGUGGCAGGAGUAUCUGGGAGUCCCCUCGUCUGUCACAGGCCCUGUGCCCUUUGACCCCUACACACAGCUGACCCUGCUGCAGAGGGCCCUUCUCUGGAGGACCCUGAGGCCUGAGACCCUGCAGUCUGUAGCUGAGCAGAUAGCUGGGUGUCUUCUCAGUGAGGCCCUCCCCCAUGGGGCCCCACAGGCCUAUCCCCAGCUCUUACUCCCACACACCGGCCCUGUCAUCCUCACAGGGGCCCCUCACACAGGCUCUCAGCCCCUGCAACUCAUCAGGCAGCUAGCUCUCUCUGCACAGAUUUCCCUUAGAGUGGUCUGUUCCUGGGAACAAGCCUCCAUCAUCUCAGCUCUGAAAAAUGCUCCAAAUAAAGGUCUCUGGUUGGUCUUUAAGAACUGUCACUUACUGGAACAGUGGGAUCAACUGUUGCCUGAAAUAAUCCAGCUCAUUCAUCACAGAGAAGUUAAUACAAAGAUGUCAGCCUCUGAAGAGUCCCAGGGUGUCAGAAGGUGUGAGAAGCACUUUGUAGAAGAGUGCAAAGCCUCAAACAAGCCAGACCCCCAACGGCUCCAGCUCUGGUUCGUCACUCCAGAAGACAAAAUUCACCUUAUACCAUUUGUUGUCCGGCAGCAUUCCCUCGUGUUGGUUCUUGACUCCUGUGGAACAUUGAGGGAGGAGUGGGAGCGCUCCUUACAACAGCUGCAGUGUGCAUCUGCUGUCCACAGCAGGCAGUUUCUCCAGUGUUGUGCCCUCUUCCACUCGGUCCUGCUACAGAGACAAACAGGGUCCAACCACUGCUACCCCUGGACUGAGACUGACCUGAAGGUUCUAGUUGAAGCGUACAAUGGCAUCGCAGCUCUGUGCAGUGACCAGGAGGGGGCACUUCAGUACAUUGCAGUGAAUCUGGUGCACGGGGCUCAUGUGUUGGACACUGCUUACCAAGAGGAGCUCAGUAGUGUGGCCCGAGUCUACCUGCUGCGUGGCGACCACCGACAGGAUGAUGGGUCUUCUCUACUGGAGAUGUUGAAUGGAGACCCGCAGCACAGCACAAGCAGAGACGAAUGCCUGAGCCUGGGUUUUGGAGAAGACAUCACAGAAGAGGUCCUCCGGAAAAAGAGCCACAGCCUGGGCGUCCUGCUGCAGGUGUCCCAGUGUCCCCUGGGCCGCUCUGUAGGGGACAUGUCUGCUGUCUGUCCUCUGAAACACUAUGCCCAGACUGCAAGGGCCUUAGAAGCAUAUGUGAGGGCCAGAGUGGAGGCCCCAAGUGUCUCUUCCUCCUGUCCUCUACGGGUGUUCCUUGAGGGCGAGUGGGACAUCUUGAAGGACGCAGUGUCCUCUCUGGCCUCACCCGUGUUCCCGUCCUGUGAAUUUAAUCUGCAGAUCGUCCAGGAGCUUCAGAGGAGAACAGGACUGCUCAGCUCUUACCUGUGGCACCAUGACAGUACAGACAGAGCCCAGGCCUACAGACUAUCCACCUUUGCCAACCCCAUGGGCCUCCUGCUAGCCCUGAGGAGACGCUACGCCCACAUCCACGGCAAAAACAUGUGCGACACCACCCUCCACUUCCAGGUUGUCGGUGAUGAUACCAGCCCCUCAUCGCUUCCUGCAGAGGCUGUGUACCUGUGCGGCCUGGAGCUAAGAGGAGCCAAGUGGGACCCAGAACAGAGAGCCAUACGGGACACCCAGUCUGCAGGCAGCCCACUCCCCCUCCUGUGUGUCAGCCCAGGCCCAGUCCCCACAUCUCCAGGAGGCAACAUAGUCCCCCCGUACCCAGGCAACUCAAUCCCCCCAUCUCCAACAAAGUCAGUCAUCCUGUCCCCAAGCUAUCAAAUUCCCUCAUCUCCAGGAAACCCAGUCCCUGCUUCUCUAGCCAAUUCAGUGUCCCCCUCUUCAGGUACCCCUGUAAUGUUUCUGUGUCCUCUGUGCGUGCCCCCAGUCGGCCCCAACAGUCUGACUGUGGGGCAGGAGGAGGUGGUGGCCUGGGUCCCUCUUCAGUCCAGACUCUGGCCUGAGACCUGCGCCCUGAGACGGGUUCGCCUGAUCAGCAUGCUCUGA